CGGUCGGUAUAUUUCUUUGGCGCCCAGUGUGCGGGCACACUGAGCCACACGUGCAUUGAUGUGAUUGAAUUUUGCUGGUGGAAUAACCCACGGAAAGUGGUUAAAACAGCGUUAGUUUAGUCAAACUCCUGCACACAGACAGUGCGAAGCACUGAGGACAACCAGAGCAUAGAGUGCUCGACUGGAAAAUCAUGAAUUUCGACGACGAAGACCGUUUGGAGCUGCAGUUUCUGGCAGGCGGCAACAUUGUGGAACAUGCGCCCGUAUUCUCGCCCGAUGGAAGAUUCAUGUUCGUGCGGUGUCUGACAAAGGUGCAGGUAUAUGCCACCGGUACGGGCGAACUUACUCGGGUCCUGGAUGAAGCCACGGCGCCACUGAUCAGUUUGGAAUUGGAUCUGAAGCAGCCAGAUUUGCUGAUAGGGUGUACGAGUGCCGGAGAGCUGUUCCGUUGGAACUGGCGGGCUGGUGUGCUGAAAAAAACCGUGUCCUUGACGCUUAGUAAUGGAGAAACUAUUUUAACCUGCAACCUUAUGAAUCUGUACAAAAGUGGCGACACAGCCUGCGCCUUUGUUACCGCAAAGGGGAAGGCAGGCGAACAGGUCAACUGGUUUGUGGUUAACACGAGCACGGGCGAAAAGAUCGAUGUCAACUGCGGUUUGAAGCUGAAGCUUCGCGCUCCCCUCGUAGACGUUGGAAAGGGACAGUUCAAGAACAUUAUUCUGGCUCAGGGCUUCUACAUAUAUUUCGUGAACUAUGAAAACUGGACAUUUUGCCGCUACAAGAGCGCCAAGCAACACACUAUUACCUGUGUGAAGAUGAGUCCCUGCGAAAUGGUGGCUGCAACCGCCGAUUCCGAGGGGCAGAUCUUUGUGUGGCGCGAUUUUGAGAAGCAGGAUACGAUGACCAACACACUCUUUCACUGGCAUCACACGGAGGUGACCAGUAUCGCCUUUUCACCAUCAGGCGUGAGCAUCUACAGCGGUGGACAUGAGUGCGUCCUGGUCAAGUGGACUGUGGCUUCGCCCGGCUAUCGCAAGUAUCUGCCCAGAAUGUCCAGUGUGAUCCGACAUAUUGUGGUCAGCGAUGACAACGAGAAUGUACUGGUUUGCACGGACGACAAUGCGAUUCAGCUGAUUAGUGGCAGUGAAUGCAUAAUUAAGUCCACUGUUCAGCAUUUUACAUACGAGACCAAGGAUAAGACGGGACAAAGUAAGUUCCCUUUGGGACUGCGAUUAAAUCCGAGGACCAAUACUCUGGUACUGAAUGGUCGAUCAGGACAUUUACAAUUUUAUUCGGCUUACACCAAGAGCUUGCUGUAUAAUCUUCGCGUGGUGGAUACCAAUGUUCAUAAUGAGGAGGCAAAUCACAUUAUCUACAAAACGCGUAUUACACAAGCAGCUUUUAAUAUCAAUUGGAUGGCCACUGGAGAAGUGUACAAUGAUCUGGUGAACUUUGCCGAAGUGCGCCUGAAAUUCUGGCAUUAUAAUGAAAGGCUACAGAGUUACAUUCUAAACACGGAAAUUGACCUACCUCACGAAAAAGGUUUUAAGGCUAUAAUAUUUUCCAAUCAGUUCCAAGUGGAUAAUUUGCGAUGUGCCACCGCUGGCGAAGACAACGUAAUCAAAGUGUGGGGCCUUACGAAUUCCGAAAACAUUUAUAAGCGCGGAACAAUGUGGAGUUGCCUGGCGCAAACUAAUUAUCGAAACCUUCCGAUUGGUUCCUUGUGCUUUUCCCAGGAUGGGUCUCUGUUGGCCGUUGGUUAUGGCAACACUUUGGCGCUCUAUGAUGCGAGGAACCCACGGCUUCCCCUCCAAACUCUUAGCUGUCCUCCUGGCUUAGAUGGUGUUAUAUCCAAAGCUCAACUGAGAUUGGCCCAAACUCCACUCAAUGGUGCGAGGAAAGAAUUUACCCAGCAACGGCAGCAAUUGUGGGCUCUGCUAAAGGCUCUGCUGAAUAGUAAUGAUGAAAAUUUAAUACAGCAGGCGAAGGAUUUAAUAGUAAGACCUCCUGCCAAAUCCAGACUUGUGAGUCAACCAGAGAAUUCCUGCAAGGAGACGGUAUUUAAGUGCAUAAUGAAAAUGCCGGAACUUGGUUUGCAUCAAAAAUUGCAACUGCUGCGUCGCUUUGGAGUUGAAUGUUCCGUCCCACAUGCCCAUCGGCAUAGGUUGUUGCAGCAUCUCCAGCAAAGAGCUGUGAUUCCACAAGCCACGAAGCUGAGACUUCGCAAAUUGGACUUCCGACUUCAUCGCCUCCACCCUCGACACCGUUACAAAGCUAAGCAGCGACUAAGCCACGUGAACAAUCGGCGGCAGAAAUUCGAGAACCUGGUGCCGCAGGAUGUUAUGAACCUGUUCAGUGUUCUAAAGCUGGAUGAGAGUAGUAAGCCGAAGAAGGAGAAAAAAGUGAAAAAAGUGAAAUCUAACCUGAAUGACAGCAGUAAAGCCAACAUGAAAGCCAAGAAAAUCCCUGUAAACGCGGCUCCCCUGCAAGGACUGGCGCAGAUUUCACAUGUGCAGUUUGGAGCCGGGGAUCAGGCUCAUCUGGUGGCAGUAUGCACUGAAUCUAGGGUUCUCAUAUGGAAUUUGCUGACGCUGCGUUUGCAGGCAGGCCUAAAAUUAUCCGUUCGUCAGCUGGCCUUUGAUCCGCUAACCAACCUAAUGGCUGUAAUUACUAAAAAUGAUGAAUUGCACGUGUUCCAACCAAAUGUUCCGCUGCCCCUCUAUCAGCGCAGUAAUCUACCCAAAACACACGGCCUGGCCUGGUUGCCUCGGAGACAGCCCAGGCAGAGCUCCAUCAAUGUGGACUGGCAGGCGCAGUCAACGCUGCUAAUGCUGACCCACUCGCAGGAGAUUGCGUACCUGGCGCUACCGGGUCAGAGUCCAUCGGAUGAUGCGCCUACACCAAUCAGUUUUUCGCAUCCCGCCGCCACAGAUAUUAUUUUGAAGCACGCGACUUUCGGAAUCCAUGUGAUCAAGCCGCAGCAGGUUUCCGGUGAGUCCCUGGAGAAAAACGGUCCACUGAUCGUGGGACGGGAAGAACACAGUGCCGUCAACGCGUUUGUCAAUCUUUCCGCCCACACAAUGCCCGCCAUGAGCCUGAUCUGUGGCGAAUUCGUGAAAUCGUUGCUGAUUCCGGCGGACUCCACCUCGAGGCACUCAUCAUCAGCCGCGAAAGAUGCCGCCUUGACCAAUGGGGGAACCGUCAACGGCAAUGGAGUAACGCACCGGGACAGUGAUGAAGAGCACGACGACGAGGAGCUGGGUGAGGAGGCAAGGAGCUCGCUGGACACCCGGAAAACGCUGCAGGAGCAAAAUGAAAAGCUGGUGGAUUUGCCGCUGGAGGGAGCGACUGACCUACAGGGUCUGGAUAACCGAUUAAGGACCAUCACGGCGCUGAGGAGCAAACUGAGGAUUUGAACGUAAACAAAUCUAUUAGUUGUUCCUUAUCAAUUAUUAAUUCUUCUAUCUUUGUAUAAGUCAGCGAGAUAAUACAAGUUUUCAUACAAAAAGGUGGUUUUUACUUGGAAAC